AUGAACUCUGUUAAGAAGGUUCUUUCGCGUCGAUCCCAUUCGGGUGACGACUCGUCUGAUGAGGGCCAUCAUUCUUCGUCGACCGCCCCCACCUCCAACCCUGGCUCUCCGCAGACUCGCAACAAGGAGUACGGCUCGGUUGGUGCCGCUACUGCUGGUCACCACGACCACCGCACCACUGAUGACAAGAUCACGGACAAGAUCGAGCACGGUCUUGGCCGAUCUGCCAACGUUCACGCCAAGGACGGUAGCAUCCCUCACAAGCACGGCCACGACGGCACUCUCGACAAGCACCUAGACGUGAGCAAGGGUAAGGUCGACCAGGAUGUUGAGCACCUUGCCCCUGUCACGCACCGCACUCACCAGCGCCAUGAGGUUGAGGAGGUUCUUCGUGAGAAGGAGCACGAGCGCCACGUUCACCACAUCCAGCACCACACUCAGCCCGUUCUCGAUUCGGAACACUCUGCUGAGCAGAUUCACAGGCAGAUUCAUCCGGUGACCAAGGUGCAUGAGACUCACGCCUCGACGGAUAAGGACGCCACUCUGCUCACCUCGGUUGCUGGUAAGCACAGGGACGAGUAUGCUGAGGCACCCGUCCAUCGCCAGGUCGUCGACAAGGGUGAGCGUGUCAAGGAGCACAUCCACCAUCACAUCCACAACGUCGUCCAGCCCAUCAUUGAGAAGGACACGCACGAGUACCACCGUGUUCAGACGACCAUCCCCACCCACGUCGUCACUCACGAAGCACCCAUCGUCCACGAGUCGACCCACCACCAGCCGGUCUCGAAGGACGAGUUCCUCGGUGGCGGUGGAAACCUCAGCAACUCGCUCGGCUCUGUUCACGACAGCAAGCUGCUCAACAUGGGCAAGUGCGACCGUAAGGUUGACGGUAUCGCCGAGAAGCUCGAACGUGAGCUUGGCAUCAAGCAGACCGUUCCACCUGUUGUUUCCACCGAAAAGGCACCCACCGCCUCCACCACUGGUAGCCACAACAACGGCAUCCCUGGUAACAAGACAAGCUCGACUCGCACUGCUGUUUAA